GUUUAGGGUUUCAAGCAGAUAAACGCCACCAUUCUCUUCUUCGUCUAGCAAACCCCUCCAUCUCUCUCUCUCUCUCUCUUUCUCUCUCUCCUACUCCCGUGCUCUCCGUGCAAUUUCCCGUUCCCUUCUUCUCUCUACACACGCAGAACAAUGGGAGCUUCGCUGCCUCCUAAAGAGGCUAACCUCUUCAAGACCAUCGUCAAAUCAUAUGAAAUGAAACAGUAUAAGAAGGGACUGAAGGCAGCAGAUGCCAUACUAAAAAAGUUUCCAGAUCAUGGAGAAACUUUAUCAAUGAAGGGGUUGACGUUAAAUUGCAUGGACCGCAAGGCUGAAGCAUAUGAGCUUGUCCGGCAAGGACUAAAGAAUGAUCUCAAAAGUCAUGUUUGCUGGCAUGUUUAUGGCCUCCUUUAUCGAUCAGACAGAGAAUAUAGGGAGGCAAUCAAAUGCUACAGGAAUGCUCUGAGAAUAGAUCCAGAUAACAUUGAAAUUCUAAGGGACCUUUCACUCUUGCAGGCACAAAUGCGUGAUUUGGCUGGUUUUGUUGAAACAAGACAGCAACUUUUGACACUGAAACCAAAUCAUCGCAUGAACUGGAUUGGAUUUGCUGUAGCCCACCAUUUAAACUUAAAUGCUGCAAAAGCAGUCGAAAUUCUGCAAGCAUAUGAAGGGACACUAGAAGAUGAUUAUCCGCCAGAUAAUGAGCGAUGUGAACAUGGUGAAAUGCUUCUAUAUAAGAUUUCUCUGUUUGAGGAGUGUGGUUUUCUUGAGAGAGCACUUGAGGAGUUGCGCAAGAAGGAGCCAAAAAUUGUUGAUAAAUUAGCUUAUAAAGAACAAGAAGUUUCUCUUCUCAUGAAGCUUGGCCAGCUAGAAGAGGGUGCUAAAAUUUACAAGGCAUUACUUUCCAUGAAUCCUGACAAUUACAGGUAUUGUGAAGGCUUGCAAAAAUGUGCUGGCUUGCAUUCAGAAAACAGCCACUUUUCCCCUGAUGAAACUGAUCAGUUGGACUCAUUGUACAAAUCACUUCAAGGGCAGUACACUUGGUCAUCUGCUGUUAAGAGGAUACCACUUGAUUUUCUGCAAGGAGACAAAUUUCGGGAAGCAGCUGUUAAUUAUAUCAAGCCUCUACUAACUAAGGGAGUUCCGUCUUUGUUCUCUGAUCUUUCUCCUCUGUAUGACCACCCUGGCAAGGCAGAUAUUCUAGAGCACAUUGCUCUUGAGUUGGAGCAUUGUGUCAGGACAACUGGGAGAUACCCUGGGAGGACAGAAAAAGAGCCUCCAUCAACACUUAUGUGGGCUUUGUUCUUUUUAGCUCAGCAUUAUGACAGAAGGGGCCAAUAUGACCUUGCUAUCUCCAAAAUUGAUGAGGCUAUAGAACACACUCCUACUGUAAUUGAUUUAUAUUCAGUAAAGAGCCGGAUACUGAAGCAUGCUGGUGAUUUGGUAGCAGCUGCCUCAUUGGCUGAUGAAGCUAGGUGUAUGGAUCUUGCUGAUCGCUAUAUAAACAGUGAAUGCGUCAAGCGAAUGCUGCAGGCUGAUCAGGUUGUUUUGGCGGAAAAAACUGCUGUUUUGUUCACGAAAGAUGGGGAUCAACACAACAACCUUCAUGACAUGCAGUGCAUGUGGUAUGAACUUGCUUCUGGUGAAAGUUACUUCCGCCAAGGUGAUCUUGGAAGGGCCCUGAAGAAAUUUUUAGCUGUGGAGAAGCACUAUGCUGAUAUUACUGAAGAUCAAUUUGAUUUCCAUUCUUAUUGUCUGAGAAAAAUGACACUGCGUGCGUAUGUGGAAAUGCUUAAAUUUCAAGAUCGGUUGCAUUCACAUGCAUACUUUCAUAAAGCAGCUGCUGGAGCAAUCAGAUGCUAUUUGAAGUUGUAUGAUUCUCCUAUGAAGUCCCCAACUGAAGAAGAUGGUGAUGCAUCAAAGACUCCUGCUCAGAAAAAGAAAAUGAAAAAACAGAGGAAGGCAGAGAGGGCUAAGAAAGAGGCAGAGGAGAGAAAUGAAGAAUCCACAGCAAGUGGUGUAUCAAAGUCUGGGAAACGGCAUGUUAAACCUGUUGAUCCAGAUCCACAUGGAGAAAAGUUAUUGCAGGUAGAAGAUCCUUUAUUGGAAGCAUCUAAGUACCUGAAACUGCUUCAGAAGAACUCUCCUCACUCUUUGGAGACACACUUGCUUUCUUUUGAAGCAAACAUAAGAAAGCAGAAGAUUCUACUGGCCUUUCAGGCUGUCAAGCAUCUGCUUAGGUUGGAUGCGGAGAAUCCAGAUUCACAUCGCUGCUUGAUUAGAUUCUUCCACAAGGUAGACUCUAUGUCUGCUCCAGUCACUGAUGCUGAGAAACUUGUUUGGAGUGUGUUAGAAGCAGAGCGACCAUUUAUCAGUCAAUUGAAGGAGAAAUCUCUUAUUGAGGCAAACAGAAUAUUCCUUGAUAAGCACGCUGAUUCUUUGAUGCAUAGAGCAGCCGUUGCAGAAAUGUUGUAUUCAUUGGAACCUAACAAGAAAGAGGAGGCUGUUAGAUUAAUUGAAGAUUCAACCAACAAAGUUUUGUCAACAGAUGCAGCACUCGGACCAGUCCAGGAAUGGAAACUCAAAGACUGUAUAGCAGUUCAUAAACUCCUUGAAAAUGUUCUUAUUGAGCACGAUGCUGCACUGAGAUGGAAAGGGAGAUGUGCUGAAUACUUCCCCUACUCAACCUACUUUGUUGGCAGCCGCAGCUCUGCCAUGCACAACUCAGGGAACAACCAAACCAGCCCCAAUGCUGCAAAUGGCGGUUCAGACCAUCCUGAAAUCAAUGAAACUGCAAAUUCCCUUGUUUCAAAUGGAAACCUUGAGGCUUUUAAGAAGAUUACCAUCUGAACUUGAUACUAAUUCUGUGCUUCAGCUGCCACCAACUGGAGUCGACUGACUUCAGUUUUGAACCUGCUCAAGUGAUGAAUCUCAUGAGUUCCCUUUCAUGGUUCGUUGCAGCCAAUCAAAUAGUAUCAAGCUUGUGCGGUCACUUCAUUCCUUUCUACCAUUGUCUUGGAGAGUUUAGAUGUAAUCUUCUUUAUUCACCCUACUGUACCUGAUAGUGAAAUGCAUGCCGUUUCAAAUGUGUAUAAUUUAUUUGGAUGGAGCUUUUAGGGCUGAUAAAUUUUUUUCCCCUUUUGUUUUGGUCACCAUUAGGGAGAUUUUUAUAAGGUUGCCUUCUUGGAUCUACCCAAAUUGUUUUAUAUCAUUGGUCUUUGAAGUGGGGCACUAAAGAAAAUUUUGGGUACUUAUCCAAGGUCUGGUUGGAGUAGGAGAAAUACUUUUUUUUUUUUGUUCUUUGGAUGGUGUUGUACUUCUCACAUUUAAUUAUCCUAUUUGCUAAUGUAUAAACGCUACAUAAUGUGGAAAAUUUUGUUGUGGAGUCUAUGAUGAGUGGCUGUUGGGAAUAAAAUUUUCACGAUUUU